CAAAAUGGUGGUCGUCACUCGUCAAUAUGGUGGAUUUCAUUUCAAAUUAUUUUUAUAAAAUAAAAAUAAUUUAUUAUUUUGCCGUUUCCCGUUUGUGAUCGGUUAAAUAUUGAUCUGUGAAGGACGUGCAAAAAUAUAAUAUAAUAAUAAAAUAUUAGUAUAUAAUAUAAUAAUAAAAUUUUUCAAUUUUGGAAAAUAUUUAAAUCAAUUAUAAUUCACUAAUCUAUAAUAGGAGAACUUACCUAUUUAAAAUUAGUGGUAACCAAAAAUGUCUGUAAAUUAUACAUAUAAAUUAUGUACCAAUAAUAUGUAAUUGUAGAUCAAAGAAUAUACUUAUCGACUUAUAUUGUACCUACGGUACAUACCUACUACUUCAAAGAUUAAAAUACUUCAAGAAUUAUGGAAACUAAUUUGUGAUUUAAUAUCAGAAUACAAAAAAACAGUGUAUUCUGAGGUAUUAUUGAGUGUAAGAGACAAGUGCAGUAUAGUUUGAGGUUAUAUUUGUCUUGAAAUAAACAAAACGCAUAAUGCAGUGCUGCGUGCCUUUCUGUGGAAAUACUACAGAGAGGACGGCAAUUACUUUUCACAAGUUUCCCAGUGACAAAUAUCUCCGAGCAGCCUGGCUUAGAGCCCUCGGCACACAAGACACACGCAAGCUGCUGCCAGACACUGCUGUGGUCUGCUCACUGCAUUUCUUGCAUGACCACUUCUAUAAAACAGCAUGUUCUGUAAGGCAGCUCCGCUCUGAUGCUAUUCCUUCAACAGUGCAGAUGUGCAUGAUAUGCCUGGACUCUGACAGCAAGCUGUUUCUAAUGAGUAAACACAAGUUGGAGGAUUCAUAUCCAAAGCUGACUGGACUGUCUUUGUUUCAGUUGUGUGCGCGAACAAACCUGCAGGGCGCCGUGUGUGUGCUGUGUGCUCAGAGACUGAGAAACUUCCGGAGAUUGAGAGAUUUGAGCUUGAGAGGGAGAUCAGUUGUGAUGGACUUGAUACAGAAAUAUGGAUUAAUUACAGUAAAACAUAUAAAAAAAUUGAAUCACACAACUGGAAAACUGAAAUGUAAUUUGGUGUCGAAAUUUUUUGGGCCUGACCAUUGUGACUUUCAUAUAUGUCACACAUAUACCGAGUCACAGGAAUCUGCAGUUGAAAAAGUAACAAUAAAGGAAGAAAAUUGGAACUCUGUGUGGAUUGUCGAGAACACAGAACAAGAAUACAACAAACAAAAAGACAUUUACAACAAUGAUUAUGUAUACAAUGACACAAAUAGUAUAAUAACAGUGAAAUUGGAACCAAUAUGUGAUAGUAAUGACACACAGAAUUUUAUAAAGAGUAAAAAUUCAAAUUUUACAUGCAUACAUUGUUUUGAGAGAUUUGAGCAAGAGAAUGCAUAUUAUGAACAUAUGAACACGCAUCUCCAGCUUUGCGUCAUAUGCCUGGACACUGACAGCAAGCUGGCAGCAAUGAGUAAACACAAGUUGGAGGAGGUGUAUCAACUGUUGACUGGACAAACUUUGUGUGUGGGAAGAAAUCUGCAGGGCGCUGUGUGUGUGUUGUGUGCUCAGAGAUUGAGAAACUUCCGGAGGCUCAGAGACUUGUGCUUGAGAGCUCGUUCACUGAUGAUGGAUUUGCUACAAAAAUAUGAUUUAAUUUCAAUGCAACACAUAAAUAUGAUUAAACAAGCAAGGAAACCAUUUUCUGGUUAUUUAGUGUGCAAAAAAUUUGCACACGACCACUGCGACUUGUACAUACAUCAGUCUGAUGAAGACCAUUGCCCGAUAUUAGACAUGUGUGUAUUUGAAGAUACUGCUACAAUUGCCAAAGAUGAAGAAAUUCAGAACAGCACAUCAAGUAACAAACACUCAGAAGUAAAAGAAUAUAUAUUUACAGAUGUUGGUAAAGUUGUCAAAGAUGAAAAUAGUCAGAACAGCACAUCGACUAACAAAUACUCUGAAGUAAAGGAAUAUAUAUUUACAGAUGUUAGUAAAGUUGUCAAAGAUAAAGAUAAUCAGAACGGCACAUCGACUAACAAACACUCAGAACUAGAAGAAAAUAUAUUUGGAAAUAUUGCUACCAUUGUCAAAGAUAAAGAAAGUCAAAACAGCACAUUGAUUAAAAAACACCCCCAACUAGAAGAAUAUAUAUUUGGAAAUAUUGCUACCAUUGUCAAAGAUAAACAAAGUCAGAACAGGAUGUCGACCAACAAACACUCAGAACUAGAAGAACAUAUAUUUGGAAAUAUUGCUACCAUUGUCAAAGAUAAAGAAAGUCAGAACAGCACAUUCAUUAAAAAACACUCAGAACUAAAAGAAUAUAUACUAGAUGUCGCUAUAGUUGCCAAAGACGAGGAAAGUCAGAAUGGUCCAUCAAUAGACAAGUCAGAACUAGAAGAAUAUAUAGAUGGAAAUGUUGCUACAGUUGACAAAGAUUGGGACCCUUUAACAUUUUCUGAUCUUAUGGAAGUCAAAAAAGAAUAUGGCAAUGUUGACAUUGUCAACCAAGUAGACAAUGUCAACGAAGCAAACAAAAGCCAUCAAGAAGACAAUGUCAACAUCAUGUUGGAAAAAGAACCACUUAAAGAGCACAAUUUAGGUGAGCUGCCGAUCAAGAGGCGCAACACAAAGCCACGCACACCCAAGAAAAACAUACACAUGAGUACCAACACUGAAGAAAAGCGUUUUACUUGUGAUAUAUGCAAUGUUAAAAGCAAAUCUAAAUAUAAUUUAAAAAGGCACAUACGACGACACUCAUCAAAUAAGCUUUACUCGUGUGAGAUGUGCGAAUACAGUAGCAAACGCAAGGAUUCUUUACUCUCUCACAAGAUAUCCCACACUGGUGUGAAGCCCCAUUCUUGUGACAUUUGUGGUGUCAAAUUUGCACAUAAAUGCUCUUUAGUCAGACACAACAGAAUCCACACUCGUGAUAUGCCUUAUUGUUGUGAUAUUUGUUAUUUUAAAUGUGGACAGAGAACUAAUUUAAUCGUGCAUAUAAGAAGUCACACUGGCGAAAAGCCUUAUUUGUGUGAUCUAUGCGAUUGCAAGUUUGCAAUGAAAUAUAGUUUGGCUAGACAUAAACUGACCCACAAUAAAGAAAAGGAGACACAUUCUUGUAACAUAUGUGAUUACAAGUGUGAAUUCAAACACCAGUUAAUUAUUCACAUGAGAACUCACACUGGUGAAACUGUUUAUUCUUGUGAUACAUGCAAUUACAAAUGUGCAUUCAAAAGUAAUUUGAAUUCCCACAGAAUAGUCCAUACUGGUGAAAAGCCUUAUUCUUGUAAGGUAUGCUUUUACCGAUGUGCAAGGAGGUAUCGCUUAAAGAGACACAUGAAAACCCACACUGGCGAAAAGCCUUUCUCUUGUGAGCUGUGCAGUUAUCAAUGUGCAAGAAGAUGUAACUUACGUAGGCACAUGAAAAUUCACGAUAUUGAAUAGACAUAUGAGAACCGUCUAGUGGAUAUGACCUCCAUAUGACCUUUAUGGAAGUUUUGGCAUUGUUUUGAGAACCUUCUUCGUGAUAAAUCGAAUUUGCUGUACUAGUCAAGCAGCGGCCGGCUAUAUUACCUUCGGAGCUACAGGGAUUUAAAGGGUCAGAUUUGCGGCGCUGCCGCGGAUCCCUGAAAAACGCCCCAUACAAAAUGGUACGAACCAAUGACGUCGUAGGUCCAUCGAUGAAUGAUCGUUAGAUUUGUAUGUGCGUUCAAACAAAAUUACUAAUAUCUUUGUUAUUUGUGCGUUUAUGUUUAUAGUUCAUUUAUUAAAAAAUGUCACAUUUAAUGUAAGGAAGCUAAAACUGUAUGAAUUUUCAUCUAAUUACGAUAAAAUAUUUUUAAUAGAUUUUGAAAUUUUAUAAUCUUAUUUAUUUUGGAAAUAUCCAGACAAUCUUUGCUUUUUAUAUAUAAAUUAGUUAACAUUGAUUUUAUUAACCGAAUGUAUCAUAAAAAUCAAUAUAUUCAAACCUAGUCAUCAUCCCCAUUGUAUGAAAAUCCAUAUUUGUCGGCCAAAUAAAUUACUAUCUAAAAUCA